CCAGACUAGCCACACAAACGAUGCGGAGAGAUAACUAUUUUUGUGUAUAAAUGCGGAGUCUUAUCGAGUUAUCGUUUUAGUUUAGUCCUUAACCUAUCACACGCUCGGAGGUCGAUAAUGUGCUAAUGAAUAUGUAAUUGUUUACGAUUCGAAGUUAACUACAAUGGAAUGAGAUCAUGCAAGAAUAGUGUUAUUGUUUUUGUGAUCCUAAAAUGAUUCCAUCAAAUACUAUUUGCGUAUCGCAGGAGGGCCCGGCGAACGCUCUGGCUCUUAAUAAAGAUGCUUCUCAAGUGGUCAUAGCUGGAAGAAACGUGUUUAAAGUGUUUGCUAUUGGUGAGACCGAGUUCACGGAGGUGUGCAACCUUAGAGUUGGCAAAAACCUGAACCUUAACUUCUCUUCUAUAGAUGUUGCCUGGAAUUCUAUUGAGGAGAAUACGAUAGCCACCGCUGCUACCAAUGGCGCUGUCGUGGUGUGGAACCUCGGGCGCUCCGGGCGCUCCAAACAGGAGCACGUCUUCUCCGACCACAAGAGGACUGUCAAUAAGGUGAGCUUCCACUUGACAGACCCGUCACUGCUGAUUUCCGGCUCCCAAGAUGGCACCAUGAAAUGCUUCGACCUGCGCAUGAAAGAAGUUGCCAGAACUUUCAUCAGCAACACAGAAUCAAUACGGGACGUCCAGUUCAGUCCACACCAGGCGCACACAUUCGCGGCCGUGUCCGAAAAUGGAUCAGUCCAGUUAUGGGACGUGCGUCGCUCUGAGCGUUGUGUGGUACAGUUCACAGCACACUCAGGGCCGGUGUUCGCCUGUGAUUGGCAUCCGACUGUACCUGCCUUAGCUACAGCAUCGAGGGAUAAAACUAUCAAGGUGUGGGACAUACACGCGAAGCCGACACUGGAACACACGAUCUACACGAUCGCGUCCGUCGGGCAUGUCAAGUGGCGCCCUCAUCGCAAACACCACGUAGCGUCUUGCGCUUUAGUCCUAGACUGCGCCGUCCACGUGUGGGACGUACGUCGCCCCCACGUUCCCCUCGCUACGUUCGCUGAGCACAGAGACGUGGCCACAGCCGUCGCAUGGCUACCAACCUUCGACGCCUUCCUGUCUACUAGUCGAGAUUGUUCCCUAUACCGGCAUCGCUUCAGUGAGGCAGCGCAUCCAGUGCUGUGGGCGAAUCCUCAGGGCGUCAGCAUCUCUGCGAGAGGGGAGCUAGCCUCCGCUGUACCUGAAGCCCCUCUACCCCCCCUACCGACCGCCCCUCACACUGAUGAGAGACACCUUCCUGGCUUAGGCCGCAAGCAGCCCCGCGCGGGCUCGCUAACUGCCGCCGCGCAAGCCACCUUCGAGCGCGCCUUCCCCGACGGCGCCGCGUCCGUGCUGCGUCGCGCCCGUGCGCCCGCCGCGCCGCUAGUGGCUUGCGCUCUGGAGUACAAGCUGCACGGCGCGCCGCCGCACCAGCUGGCGACGCAUAACGCUAAGGUGGCUCGCGCUAACGAGCGUCACAUGGUCGGUCACGUGUGGGACGUGGUCCGCUGCGUGUACAGCACGCGCGCGGCGGAGGCCCGGCGCGCGCCGCCGCCCCCGCCGCCCGCGCCGCCGCCGCGCGCGCCCCCGCCCGCGCUGCCGUCCUACAGUGCAGUGGAAGAGGAACCGAUGGAGGAAGUGGAAGAAUGGGCGGAGAACCAAUUCCACAACAGCGGCGUCCUAGGGCUCCCCACACACAGCAUAUAUGUCCCGCCUACUCGGCUAUUAAGACGCGAUGAUGAGACAGCGGGCUGGGUGUCAGCAGCGUCAGCACACUAUGUAGACGUAGACGCGGCCAACUGGACGCUCCCGGAGGAAGCCUUCCCGCUACGGGCACCAGCCCACGCCAUCACACCGCCGCCCACUGACGACCACACAGGCAACAUGGCGGGCGGCGCGUCACCAGGCGGCAGCACGUCCACGAGCUCGGGGCCCGCUGUGGAGCACCACUACACUCAACAGUCCUCCGUGCCGCUUGAAGACACGUCAAACUCCGGCUCAGGCUCGGAGGGCGAGCUGUCAGUGCGCGCGGAACCGCUCGUGUGCCGCCUGGACACGGCGCCGCUGCUCGCCGCCGCGCUGAAGGCGCACGCGGCGCUCGGCGACGUGCAGACCGCCGCCGCCGUGUGUGUGGCCCUACAGGAGCACAGAUCGGACCUGUUUCCGUACAUAGAUGAAGCGUUACAAGAGCAAUGGCUAUUAGGUUACAUCGAGUUACUACACAGGCAUAAGCUGUGGAAUGUCGCCACUGAGGUGAUCCGCUGCGCAUGGCUAGGCUCCGUUCGAGCACUUUCUCAACAAUCCACCAGUAUAGCGGCCUGCUGCGGCCGCUGUGCGAGACGCACAAGACCACACCAACCUUGUGACAGGUGCCACGCGAGGGGGAAGGCCCGAUCCGUGCCUGAUCUCUGCGCUGUGUGCCACCAGGUGGUCCGCGGGCUAUACGCGUGGUGCCAAGGCUGCGCGCACGGCGGCCACCUCGCGCACAUGCGCCGCUGGAUGGAGUCCCACCGGCUCUGUCCCGCCGGCUGCGGCCACCAGUGCCAACUAGGCUGAACCCGCAUACCUAUAGGUACUUGGAAUUGAAGAAUUUCUUAGGGCCUCCGCCCGCCAAUAAGUAAAGCGCUGUUCAUGCUAAUUUCAGUUCAUUAUAGAAAUAGAUGGAUUUAGAAAGUAGAGGGUGGGUAGAACCUUUGCAGUUAUGUGAAUUAAGACGGGAAAGCUGUAAUAAAUGUUGAUUUGAAACUGUUCUUCUUCGGGAUCUUCGAUCUCAGCAGUAAGCGCCGUUUCUGCUUCCUUUUUCUUCGUAUAUUAUAUUACUAAAAAGAUGUUAAGCACGAAGGAUUUCGUACAUGUACCCGACUUUUCCUAUCUCUUUUGCAUGCGAGUAAAUAUUGCUGUCCCGCCUAGAUGCCAGGAAUGAAUGCCAAAACGCGAGCAAUAUAAUAUAUUCAAGCGUGUGCGAUAGACAUAGGACACGGUGGGUCAACGUACGAAAAUAUUCGAGAUUAGCUUUCUUACUUCACGUGCAUGCAAUGUUUCAUGGUUUCUGCCGAAUGGCUACCUACGUAUGCGUUUGCUAACACAAAACAACGUGAGCAAACGUUGGUGCUAUUAUAACGUUAAUCAUAUUCAAUACAUAGUGGGAACUGGACACCUACAACGAAACAGACCUAAGGACCUAACGCUGCAACAAAUCGCCGUUGUCAGUUUCGUUAUUUUUCGUAGCUUUGUGUAAUUGUCGAUAGUAAGUUUAAGUGAAACCUAAGAGGUAUAGUCAUAAAAAGUCACUGUCAUAUGCAUAACAGACAAUGAUGGUCAAACAUGAAGUCUAGCGCUUUGAAAUUAGUUGAUUUCAGUUCGAUAGUCCGCGUUGGUAAUUGACGUAAUUGUCUAUUCGUAACCUAAACUUUAUUGCAAAUCUAUAGGUCCAUCGAUAGGUCAACAUUUGGCUUUAUAUUAUGCGAUACAUGAAUUCAAACUCUUUCAAUGUGAUAGGGUUCUAUUUUGCAUAAUUUCUCACUCCUUUGUAAGCGUUAGUUCAUACUGGACUAGUCACAUCCUAGUCUUGGUUUAUAGAGGUAGUUGUAUUUCAAAUGACAUUUGUAAAUAGUCAUCAACAUGUAUAAUUAAAAAUAAUCUUGUGCUACGUAAUGCAGAAAAAUAUUGUAAAUAAGAAUCAGAGUGCUAUUAUAAUAUAUAAAUAAAGUAGAUUAAAAUAAGUGUUAUACGCUGUGUCAAUUAUUUGUACAUACAUUUAUAAAGAAAUAAACAAAUCAUACGGUAACAUU